AACAACCUCAUUUGUCUGAUGACUUUAGUCUAGAAAGGAGAAUCUUGACUGGGACUUUCUGGAUUCCAACUUGUAAGACAGGAAAUCUUUCUUCAAUGUUUUGUUUUUCCUGUGAAAUGAGCUGAUAAUGGGGCUGUCAGAUUACUAGCAGGGACCACCAGCUUGCUUUUCGAAAAGUCAUUAAUAAGUGUGGGAGUCUUCACUUAAAACAGUUGAAUGGCGCGGUGCUACUGCCACUGGCGGAGGGUGUUAUUCUACAUGUGCACACUGUGCAUCUUCCUGGCCCUGCUGCUCGUCUACAUUACCGUCAUGUUGUGUACGGUCAUGAAUAAAACAUCAACAUCGGGGACUCCGGUCCACGGCCUCGACGCGGUUCACUUCGUUGCCCCGGGAAGCUACCCGAAAACUUUCUGGGAUCUCCACCUUCACGGGGACGCCUUUUGGAACCGUCUCCAGCGGACCAUCGACAACCAUUUUAACCCCAUCCUGUGCCCCAACAACACCAAACGGGCAUUUGAAAAUGGUACGUUUAAUGAGUCCCUACUGACGCAAGGUUUCUCUAAAGUUAUCAACUUGGACGGCACGAGUAGAAACUUGGACCAGAUGCCAAAGCAGAUACAGGACUUUAUAACCCACAUGCAAAGGAGAGACUACCCAGCCCUCCUCCAGCCAGAUGGAGUGUGUGGAGCUGGGAGAAAGGAAGAGAAGGAGGCUCCUCUGCUUCUCCUGGCCAUCAAGUCAACAGAGCAGAAUUUUCUGAACCGGCAGGCCGUACGACAGACCUGGGGCCAGGCAGGAUGGGUAGCAGGACCAAAGAGGACAGGAAAUGGAGGAGAGGGUGGAGGAGAAGGUGGAGGAUACGUCCGUAGGGUGUUCCUGCUAGGCAAAGGAAGUGCUGAGGAACUGGGUGGGAAUGCAUUGCAGAUGGAGAGUAAACUGUAUGGAGACAUUCUGCAGUGGGACUUCAAGGACACGUUUUUCAACCUCACUUUAAAAGAUGUGCUCUUCUGGAGCUGGUUCAAAGACUCAUGCAGUCGUACUCACUUCGUCUUUAAGGGGGACGACGACGUCUUCGUCAACACUCCCAAAAUCAUGAGCUACCUCCGGGACCAGCUAAAGAAGCCACACAAGACGCUACGAGACUUCAUGGUUGGAGAUGUCAUAGCUGCAGCUGUGCCACACCGAUUCAGCGAGUCCAAGUACUUUAUCCCAGACAGUUUCUACAAGGGCUCGUAUCCUAUGUAUGCAGGAGGGGGAGGGGUGGUGUACUCAGGACUGCUGGCCAAACGCCUACAUGACAUCUCAAAAAGGCUUACCCUGUUCCCCAUCGACGACGUCUAUGUGGGGAUGUGUAUGGUUCGGCUCAACGCUCACCCUGUCCACCACGACGCCUUCCUCACGUUUGACUUUUCUAGCAAGGAAGAGGAGGAGCCGUGUUCCUAUCACACAAUCCUAUUGGUCCACAAACGGAGCCCCGGCGAGGUAGUCAAACUGUGGGCCCACGUGAAAAAGACACAGGCACGGUGUUGGGACGUGCCCCUGAGAGGCAAACAAAAAGAAGAACAAACUGGAAGGCCAUCCAAAGUAUCUCUAUCAAAGGAUACAACAGUCUGA